AUGGAAUCUGUGCCAGAGGUUGGUCGAGCUAAAGAAGUAAAGCUGUGGAGUCCGGGUACAGAAUUGCCAAGUGAACGAGCCCUGUGUGUCUACUGGUCCAUUGAGAAUGACUCGCUUGGAUUUCAGAUUCAGGUGCGAGAUAGACCAGCCACAAGACGAGGUAUCCUGUCGAUAGUGAGUUUAGUGUACGAUCCCCUUGGAGCGGCAUCUCCCUUUGUGCUGAUCGCCAAGUCCAUACUUCAGGGAUUGUGUAAACGUCAAAUUGGAUGGGAUGAGGAGAUCACAAGUGCCGAUCUGAGACAUUGGAACGACUGGCUGAGUCAACUUCAAGGCCUGGAAAAUGUGACGAUCAAACGGUGCUAUAAACCACAGAACUUUGGCAAUGUUGUGUUUUGCCAACUGCAUAGUUUCUCAGAUGCCAGUGACAUGAGUCUUGGAAUGGUAUUCUAUUUGCGCCUCGUUCAUGAUAGUGGACAGGUCCAAUGUUCCUUUCCUUUGGGAAAGGCCAGAGUUGCCCCCUUGAAGGCUGUAACAGUGCCCAGGAUGGAGCUCACCGCAGCAGCGGUGGCCGUGAGACUCUGCAAGAUGAUUUUGGAACAACUAGGUUAUUCCAUUGACCGGACCUUCUACUGGACAGACAGUACAUCGGUACUGCGGUACAUAGCCAACAGGAACUUGCGCUUCCAUACGUUUGUCACAAAUCGGCUAGCUGUUAUUUAUGAGGCAACCCAGGUGGAUCAGUGGCACUGUGAGAACACGAAACAUAACUCAGCAGAUUGUGCAUCGAGAGGAAUGGCUAUUACCAACUUCGUUCAGCACUUCCUGUGGUUCAACGGGCCGGAUUUCUUGUGGAAAGCAGAGUCUGAAUGGCCAAGUUUUCCGCAAGAUACUACUAUGACAGUUGAUUAUGCCGAGGUGAAGAAGAUGGUCAACACGAUCCCGACAGUCAUAUCCGAGUCAUGCGACGGAAUGGAGAGGCUAAUGGCGAGUUUCUCAGACUGGUCGAAGCUGAAAAGAGUAACCGGAUGGCUGAUGAUUGAUAUGGACAACCUACAACUUGCCGUAAAGCGGACACGGUAG